AUGGCGUCAUCACGGCCUCCUCCGUCGAAAUCGGCUGACCUGGACCUCACGAUCGUCUCAGCCAAGCACCUCAAAAACGUGAACUGGAAGAACGGCGUUCUCAAACCCUACGUCGUGUUCUGGGUCGACCCUGAUCGCCGAUUGGCCACUAAAUCCGACGAUUCCGGCUCCACAAAACCCAUCUGGAACGAGCGCUUCACCCUCCCUCUUCCGCCCUCCUACCCACCCCUCCACGACACUUUCCUCACCCUCGAAGUAUUCCACUCUCGCCCUUCUGAUACCCCUAACCCCCUUGUAGGUUCCCUCAAAAUCCCCCUCAAAGACAUUGACGAAACCUCCGACCCCACCCGCAUCCGCAAAUUCACCCUCUCAAGACCCUCCGGCCGCCCCCAGGGCAAGAUCCACCUCAAAUUGGGACUCCUCGGCCGAACUCCUCUACCGCCGCCGCCGCCAUCGCAGACAAUUCCUGACUACCCAAACCCUAACCCUAAUAACAGCAAUUCUCCGAUGUUCUGUUACGUACCUAACCCAGCUGCGCGUGACUACAGAGGAUUCUCGCCUUCACCUUCUCCUUCUUCUCCUCCUUACACUGCGUACGGUUCUGCCUCUUACGGUAGUUCUUACAGUGAUUUGUACUCUGGGUACUACCCGGGUUACUCCGGUGCGGUUCCGCCGUAUCCUUCGAGGCCGUUUAUUGAUCGGCCCGUGGGCUAUGCUGGGCCUAGUGGGCCUUCUGCCCCGCUUGAUUACUCUUCCUCUUACGAGCAUAAGCCCAAGGGGGGUGGUGGUGGUGUUGGGAAGAUGGGCCUUGGUGCUGGGGUUGCGGUGGGUGCUGUUGCUGGAGCGUUGGGUGGGCUUGCUUUGGAAGAAGGUAUGAAGUAUGAGGAGGACAAGAUUGCUGAGAGGGUUGAGAGUUCAAGCAUGGCUACAAGGGACGAUUAUGAUUACCGAGGAGAUUAUUGA